UAAUUUAUUGAAGGCUUAGGAUAAAAACCCACAUGGGCGGACCAACCAGGCGUUUAAUUACCCCCGUUGAGAGUAUCUAAAGUAAAGAAAGGUGCAAAUUGUGUUUCAACUUUUAAACAUAAACCCUAGGAUAGGAGGAGGCUCCCGGAAAGAUAAUUCGGCCGUGGGUCUACAAUGGAAGUUGUUGUAGGGUUUAAGGAAGGUGAAGGAAACCACAAAUUAGUGCCAUGGAUAAGCUGGGACGAUUGGAAUUUUGUCAGAGAAUCUCUCUUUUCUUCUUCCCCAGACUCAGCUCUUCAAAGGAUAUCUGCCUGGCGAAGCAGAGGAUGUCUUCCUGUCAUAAUUGAAGUCACUGCUUCCAUUGUUGAAACCCAACAAAAGGAUCCUUUCUUCUUCAGGGAUGCUAUAUCUGGGACUCGCUUGCUUGCAGAAAAUGUGUUGACAAUGCUAUAUUGUAUGACCAUUAUGAGGCUUGUGAAUGGUAUUGUGGAGAAGACCCGUAAGAAGAAUGAGGUUUCAAUUGGAGAAGCAGCUGAUGUAAUUGGUAUUCCCCGUAUGUUGAUUGAUAUUCGGCAUGAGUGUUCACAUCGUGAUCUUCCUUCACUUAGACUGGUUCGGCUUGCAUCUACCAAGGCACUUGAUUGGUUGAAAGCUUAUUAUUGGGAACCGCAAAAGAUAGCAAUUCCAUACCCCGGUGAUCGCACUGCCAACUUUGGAAAAGAAAUUAAGUUGAAGAUACGUGAACUGGCCUUCAGUUUGGAUGUGAAGCAAGCUACAUCGUCAGAUUCUCCGGUAGCUAAGAGAAAACGUUCCAAGAAGCAAAUAAAAAAGGCAUUGAAGAAUGUACUAAAGUUAUAUUCUUCCUUCCCCUCGGAAGUCGUAUCUAUCUUGUUGGAGUUCCUGCUAAAGGCACAUGAAUCUGCUGAUGUGGCAAAUAGUAGUUCUCAACUUGAUGAUUGGAAAACGCUAAUUAUAAAGUUGUCAAAUAAAGAUCCAGACAUGCUUCUAAGCCUUCUCAAAGCAGUAGUUCAUAUGAUCGAGACCCGUGAAGCUCUAGAACAUGAAUCAGGAGAACAACUCAAACCCGAGCACAAGUCUGGAUUUCACCAAACUGAGCAUCUUUCCUAUCUAUUUAAGUGGCUCGUGGGAAACCUUAAGGAUCUAAAGCCUUCUCGCCGGAAAAUUGUAACGACAGAUACACCAAAAGACAAAAGUCUCCCCAAGUCAACUCUCAUGCAUCUCCUGGUAAAAUGUCUCAUGGUUUCUUCACUCGGGAACAACCAUCUAGCAAGUGCAGCCUCGGUUCUUGCACAAACAGCUGGUAAUCACACUUUGGUCCAGAAACUUAACAAGCUAGCAUCCUUACACGCAUCAAACACAGAUACGGUUGGUGAACUUGCUGGCAUCGACCGGGAACGCUUUUACAACGAGCAAGAAAUGUUUAUAGAACAAGAAUUCAAAAAACUUGAACUUUUGAAACAAAAGCUAUCUCAAAAAAUGAAGUUGAAGAAACCUGCAGCUGUAGAAACCAAAGAGAGAUGGAGUGUGGCAAAAUCAUGGAAACCAUGCGCGAUCGGUAUGUUACCGUGUGAUGUUGGUUCUUCUGGUGUUGUACCUGUUCUUGACAUUGUUAAUGACGAGGUAGAUAAGAAUUUAGAAGAAAAGAAGACAUCAUGUGGCAAGCGAGAAGCUGAUACUCCAUUACUGGUUUUGGAUGAUUCAGAUGCUAAGAAAGUUAAAGGUUGUGAGGAAGAAGAUUUUGAAGGUGUAAAGAAUGGGUUGAUGAUUGGUGGAUUGUGGAAGACUGUGACAGAUGAUCAAGUGAUGAAUAUGGCAUCAAGUGUCAGAAUUUUGGUUUAGCGCUGACCAGUGUAUCAAUACACUAGAGCGAGCGAGCGAGCGAUUGUUUGAUCUCAUUUUCGAAACACUGGCUUUGCAAAUUGAGAUAAGAAAACAUAGGAUUUAAACAUCAUUUGAAAGCCCAAAGAUUAUUUUUGGUGUUAGAAAAAAGUAACAUUUUUAAUAUGAGACAUUGAGAUAUGUUUAAAUUUGCAUGUAUCUUGUGAUGAUGCCAGUUUUAUUUAUUUAUUUAUUUA